GAAAAUCCGGUAGCGAUUGAAUGGAAUUAUUCGUUUGUGCGCUACUUCCUUGCAGAAGAUUUCAGUUGAACGGUUGGAGAAAAGGAUUAUACAAGAAGUAAAGAAGACUGUUUAAUACAAAAAAGGGAAAAUAACGCUGCAGACUGUGGCAAGAUGAAUUUCUCGGAGGUUUUCAAACAUUCCAAUCAGCUUUGCAGGAUCUCUCCAAAUGGGAAGUACUUGGCAACCUGUGUGCAGUAUCGCCUGGUGAUACGAGAUUUUGACACACUGCAGAUUCUGCAGCUUUACACUUGCCUGGAUCAAAUCCAGUUUGUUGAGUGGUCAUCGGAUUCAUCUUUCAUCCUUUGUGCCAUGUUUAAAAGGGGACUUGUUCAGGUAUGGUCGAUGGAGCAGCCAGAUUGGCACUGCAAAAUAGAUGAAGGUUCUGCUGGUCUAGUAGCUGCACGAUGGAGCCCAGAUGGACGACACAUUCUGAAUACUACAGAGUUCCAUCUGCGGAUCACUGUCUGGUCUUUGUGCACCAAGUCAGUAUCUUAUAUAAAGUAUCCCAAAGCCUGUCAUCAGGGAAUUGACUUCACCAAAGACGGGCGCUAUCUUGCACUGGCGGAGAGACGAGACUGUAAGGAUUAUAUCAGUAUCUUUGUUUGCAGUGAUUGGCAGCUCCUAAGACAUUUUGAGACUGAGACGCAGGACCUGACUGGAAUUGAGUGGUCACCAAAUGGUUGUGUGUUGGCAGUUUGGGAUACCUGUUUAGAGUACAAGGUGCUGUUCUACUCGCUAGAUGGCCGCCUGUUGUCCAUUUUCAGUGCCUAUGAAUGGUGUCUUGGUGUCAAGUCUAUCAUGUGGAGUCCCAGUAGCCAGUUUCUAGCAGUUGGCAGUUAUGAUGAGAAGGUGCGCAUGCUAAACCAUAUUACAUGGAAACAGAUUACAGAGCUGGAUCAUCCCUCAACCAUCAGCAACCCCAAAAUAGUAUUCUACCGUGAAGUAGAAAGGCGGCCUGUGAUUAGCAAUGAUGACCUUUCUGCCCAUCACAGUUUAACUACAGGGAGCUCUCUGUUUAGUACGCAGAGUAAAUAUGAAGUCUCUUCAUUGCCAGCACAAGUUCCUGUGAUCAAGCCAGAUCCAGACAGACCAAAUCCCAAGAUUGGAAUUUCAGCAAUGGCCUUCAGUUCUAAUAGCCGCUACCUGGUGACCAAAAAUGAUAACAUGCCCAACAAUGUCUGGAUAUGGGAUGUGCAGAAGUUAAAGCUGUUUGUGGUACUUGAGCACGUGGCUGCCGUGCGCUGCUUUCAGUGGGACCCUUGCCAUCCCAGGCUAGCACUUUGUACUGGAAACAACAAGGUGUACAUGUGGUCCCCAUCAGGUUGUGCUUGUGUGCAGGUGCCCAUUGCAGGUCAUUUCCAGGUACUUUCGCUCAGCUGGCACACAAGUGGUCAGUCCCUAAUUUUGCUGAGCAAGGACCAACUGUGUGUUUGUUACUUGGAGAAUAAAGAUAGUUGAAAAGCUAAGUCUACACAAUAAAUCAAGAAAAAAGGACAUUUCACGACUUCCAGAAAAUCAACUUUGAACAAAAGGAAUGUCUAACCUAUGCCAAAAUGAAAGCAUAAUUUAGAACUGCUCCACUGCUUUGGAUGCCAGUUGUGAUGUGAUUGGUUAUAAAGUGACUGACUUUACCAUUAACUGUAAAUAUUGUAUAAACUACCUACUUAUUUACUGUUUUAGCAAUGUUGGAUGUAAAUAUAUACUAUUUUUCUAAAAUAAACUUGCACUUUGACUAGAA